UUCACACUCUGCAGGACAGAGCUCUCAGCACUUUGGUUCCACACACAGUGCACAGACUUCAGAAAGUAAUCCAGGAUGUUGAUGUCCAGAUGUGUGAGUAGCUUCCUGUGCAGGAUGAACUCCGCUCCAGUGGUGCUGUGCUCCAGAAUGCAGCACCUGCAGGGUGGCACGCCCACCCCCUUUCGCCCUGAGACCUCAAUGGCCAAGUCGCUGAUGGACAUCGGGACACGGCGGAUCUUCUCUGAGGAGCAUGACCUGUUCAGGCAGAACGUCCGGCGCUUCUUUAAGGAAGAAGUAGUUCCUUAUCAUGCAGAGUGGGAGAAGGCGGGCGAGGUCAGUAGGGAGGUGUGGGAGAAGGCGGGCCAGCAGGGGUUGCUGGGUGUUUACACUCCUGCUGAACAUGGUGGCAUCGGAGGAGACCUGCUCUCUGCUGCCAUCAUGUGGGAGGAGCAGAUGUACUCGAACUGUUCUGGUCCUGGUUUCUCUCUGCAUUCGGAGAUUGUGAUGCCGUACAUCAGUCAUUAUGGCUCUCAGGCUCAGAUCGAGCACUUCCUGCCUCACAUGGCUGCUGGGAAAUGCAUUGGUGCCAUCGCCAUGAGCGAGCCAGGGGCAGGCAGUGAUAUUCAGGGAGUGAAGACACAUGCUCGGCAAGAUGGCACUGACUGGAUCCUCAAUGGAAAUAAGGUGUUUAUCACUAACGGGUGGAUGAGUGAUCUGGUUAUUGUUGUUGCUGUAACAAAUCGUGAAAUGAAAUCAGCAGCUCAUGGUCUCAGUCUGUUUCUGGUGGAGAGCGGCACCAAGGGCUUCAGCAAGGGACGUAAACUAGAGAAAAUCGGCCUCAAAGCACAGGACACAGCAGAGUUGUUCUUUGAGGACGUUCGCCUCCCAGCUGAUGCUGUACUGGGAGAAGUGAAUAAAGGUUUUUACUAUCUCAUGAAUGAACUGCCUCAGGAGCGGUUGAUAAUAGCGGUCAUGGCUCUGGCCAGCUGUGAGUUUAUGUUUGAGGAGACUCGGAAUUACGUGAUUCAGAGGAAGGCCUUUGGAAAAACCAUCUCUAACCUCCAGACAGUUCAGCACAGAUUAGCUGAGUUGAAGACGGAGAUCUGUGUAGGUCGAGCGUUCGUUGAUAGUUGCCUCCAGCUGCACAGUGAGGGGAAACUGGACUCUGGCACUGCCUCCAUUGCCAAAUACUGGGCGUCAGAGUUACAGAAUAAAGUGGCCACUCAGUGUUUGCAGCUGCAUGGUGGGUGGGGCUACAUGUGGGAGUAUCCAAUCGCCAAAGCCUUCGUGGACGCUCGUGUGCAGCCCAUCUAUGGUGGAACCAACGAGAUCAUGAAGGAGCUGAUCGCUCGCACCAUCGUCGGACACAAAUAGACGGGAGGGGCGCUGAGCCGAGCUGACGGAUCCGACUGAGAAGCUGGUUUGAGAGUGUUUAGUGGUUUGUGUGUUCCUGAGAAGUGCCAUGAUGUACAUGUAGCUAAGAAAUGCUGAUCAUGUAGCAAUACAUUUUCUUCAAGUUCAUGUGAUACAACGGUGAUUUAUUUCAAUCAAACAGGAAAAUAAUUAAGUUUAACUUUUAAAUAAAUAAUUUAACCUUUAUUCUUUA